AUGACUGCCUUCAACGAGCCCUAUCCAAUAUAUAUUCUUGGCCUUGGAAGUAUUGGAUCGUUCAUUUCGCACACUCUUCGAUGCCUUUCUGAACCGCCCCGUGUCAAUCUCCUUUUCCAUCGCGAAAGCCUGUGUCAAGAGUUUGAAGACAAAGAUCGCAAGAUAAGGCUUCAAGUUGGUGAAGGUGGUGUUCAAGAGGAAAGUUCGGGAUUCGACGUUGAACGAAUAGACGGAGAUUGGUCGGCAUCUUCAAACGACAAGAUAUACUCUCUGAUUGUGGCAGUCAAGGCGUCAGGAACUCUAUCUGCCCUUGAACCAAUCAAGCAUCGACUAGGACCUCAUUCUACUAUAUGCCUUUUCCAAAAUGGUCUCGGCCAGGUUGAAACUCUGAACAAGCAGCUGUUCACAGAUCCGCUCACGAGACCAACCUAUGUACUUGGGAUUAUGCGCCAUGGUGUGUAUCUGAGGUCCCCAUUUGAAGCUGUACUGUCUGGCACCGAUGGUUCAACUGCAGUUGGGGUGGUGGAUUGGGAGAACCAAAAUGAAGCAACGCCACAAACUAGGUUUCUUUUGGAUACCCUUCUGCGAUCUCCUGCACUUCAAUGCACAGAGCUAGCUUGGACCGAUCUGCUAAAAGCCCAAUUGCUGAAAUUGGCAGCUAACUGUGUGAUUAACCCCUUGACGGCAAUACUUGAUGUACGCAACGGCGAGAUCAUGGAGAACGAAAUGCUUAUACCCACAUGGCAUCGUCUUCUGGAAGAAAUAUUGGCUGUCUUUAACCGUCUGCCAGAACUUCAACACCUCCCUACGGAGCAGAGACAAUUUACUUUCUGCUCAUUAAAGAGUGCACUGGUGAAUACUGUUUGGAAGACAGCAAAUAACUCCAGCAGUAUGCGCGAGGAUAUUCGGAAGGGCAGAGGCACUGAGAUUAAAUUUAUCAAUGGUUGGGUCGUCAGACGUGGCGCAGAACUCGGAAUUGACUGCCCUACAAAUGCCUCUCUGACAGAACUCAUACUUGCGAAGAGCAACUAG